CACUAGGUGGCGGUAUACACCUUAAAGUUGCGAUCCGCCACAAUAGAAAAGAAGAAGAAGAAUCUUCUAAUCUAUAAGAAUACGGGGAGAUACAGGGGGCUUUCUAUUAUUUUCACUGAAAGAAAUGUUUCUUCCAAGAAAGCGUUAAAAAAGUGAACAGGAGUCCUGCUGAGAACCAUGGCGAACCAGAGGGUUCUCCCUCAGAGCAAGGAGACUCUGCUGCAGAACUACAACAAGAGGCUCAAAGAUGACAUCAAGUCCAUCAUGGACAACUUCACGGAAAUCGUCAAAACUGCAAAGAUUGAAGAGGAGACUCAGGUAUCUCGACCAACCCAAGCAGAGCAAGAUCACUAUGAGAUGCACGUCAGAGCUGCAAACAUUGUUCGAGCUGGUGAGUCCCUGAUGAAACUGGUGUCGGAUCUGAAACAGUUCCUGAUCCUGAACGACUUUCCUUCUGUGAACGAUGCGAUCAGUCAGCAGAACCAGCAGCUCAGAGCGCUGCAGGACGAGUGUGACAAGAAGCUGACGUCGCUUCGGGACGAGAUCGCCGUCGACCUCUAUGAGCUAGAGGAAGAGUAUUACUCCUCCAGUUGCAGUCAUUGGAACAGCACUGACCUGCCUCUGUGCGAGGCCUACCGCCGGCGUGACAGCUGGGCCUCUCAAGAUAGCAGCACCAGCUCAACCCAGGAUGACCGAGAUGACGUAGAGGGAACCCCAAAACAAGAAGCCAACCUGCAACACCCCAUCAAUGGACAUGGGACAGCCCCCACGGAGAAAGCAUGAAGAAGGACGGAGGAAUGCUCCUGUUAAAUCUGGGAAAUAUGGCCUAUACCUUAGAGACGAGUUUUAGUUUUGUUUCAUUGCCUAAAACUAGACUAAUAUUUCAUAUUUUCUGUAAAAAGUAGGAAAAUUAGAUGCACUGAACACAAUCUUAUAGAGUUCUGUAGUAGAUUUAGAGCUUUUCUAAGUGAACACUUGCUGACAUUCCUCCUGAUAUUGGCCCAUUUAAAAAAAAAAAAAUGAAAUGCUUAUUUUACUGAAAUGUACAGUAAACUGAAUGAGUUUCAGUUCACCUUGAAGCUUGUAUUUAUGCGUUUUUUUUCUUUAGAAGCAGGUAUAUAUAUAUUUUUUUCUUGGUUUUCUUUCAAUCCUGGACAUUUUCCUUCCAGGUGCUGAAGUAGAUGUGAAACAGGUCGCUUUAUAGCUCGCUAUUUUAGAUUUCUACUGACCAUGAUAACAUCCUCAGGGUUUUAUACUAAACUCAAACCAUAGUUCACACAAAAUGCUGCCAAACAUGUAGAUAAAAAUGGCCAAUCACAACUUGUCAGUUAAUCAGUGCAUCAUUCUCAUUUUUUUUUUUUCUUCAGGCAAUUAUUUUUGGAUUUAUAUUGUAAAAUGUGUUUGUUUUUGACUUGUUAAACUAAUCGGAUCACAUUAAAGAAAACACUGUUUUUAUUUUA